AUGGCAGUCACCAUCGCAUCUCGGUCGUGCCUAAUCGCAGCGGAUUUCCUUGUCAUUGGUUCGACGUGGUUUGCGCUGUCACGGCGCAACAACAUCGGCCAAGGGGUCGUACCCAAGGGCACAAUAUCUAGCGUGCUUCUGGUUGAUGGCACUAUUUAUUUCAUCUUCCUUGCUAUCCUCAACUCUCUCCACCUGACAUUCACCAUGCUCUCGCUCGAUGUAGCUUAUCUACAGAGAACCAGCGACUUCGGUCAAUUCACAACGCCAAUCGUGUCCCCGGUGUCCUUCACCACCUCGGCUGCCCUACAAAAGAAAGCGGAAAGGCCGGAGGAGACGAUUAACUACAACGACAGGGUAUCCUUCUCCGAUACCCCUGAUUCUGAGCAUGUGAACUACCAGCGUGUCACUGCCAACGACCUCGAGCGGGAGCGGCAUCCGCCGCGACGCGUGAAGAUGCUCGUGCGCGACUUCAUCGAGGACUCGCUUUACAACCCCAACUAUGGCUACUUCUCGAAGCAGGUCAACAUCUUCACAUCAACAGAGCCUAUAGACUUGAAAGCUCUGCGUAAUAUGACGGACUUCGAGGCGGAAAUCACGAAGCGGUAUGCAGCGUACGGAGAGGACGGAGAUGGGCCAGGGACGCAGCUGUGGCAUACCCCUACCGAGUUGUUGAAGCCAUGGUACGGAAGGGCCAUCGCUCAAUGCCUCGUGUCGGAGUAUCUCCUGAAGUAUUUCCCCUACGAGGACUUCGUCAUAUAUGAGAUCGGGGCAGGGAACGGUACACUCGCACGGGACAUUCUCGACUACCUCCGAGAAGAUUAUCCAGACGUCUAUGAGCGGACACGUUACAACAUCAUAGAGAUUAGCGAGAGCCUUGCCUCCCUACAGAGAGAAAAGCUCUGCGAGUCGCAUCCUUGCGUGACGGUUCACAACAAGAGUAUCUUCCGCUGGGAUACUCGAGAACCUGCCCCGUGUUACUUUCUUGCAAUGGAAGUCAUCGAUAACUUCGCCCACGACCUAAUACGUUACGACCUCCGCACGCUGGAGCCAUACCAAGGCAUUGUUACGAUCGACAAGAAAGGCGAUUUUAGCUCAUACUACACCAAAGUUACGGAUCCUCUCAUCAGUUCUUUCCUCGCUCUGCGUCGCUAUCUAAACCAUCCACCGCCAAUUUCACGUCUGCUCAAGCUCUCAUCCACGUUCCGUACGUUCUACACUAAUCUCCCCUUCGCCCCCAACCUCUCCGCCCCCGAGUAUAUCCCCACUCGCCUUCUCACCCUUCUCCGCACCCUCCGCCGCAACUUCCCUCGCCAUCGUCUCCUCCUCUCCGACUUCUCCUCGCUCCCGGACACGAUCCCAGGUGUGAACGCCCCAGUCGUGCAGACGCGGUAUCAGAACACGACCGUCCCAUGCGAGACGCUCUUCGUCCGGCAAGGGUACUUCGACAUCUUCUUCCCGACAAACUUUGAGAACCUGCGCGACAUGUACGAGCACAUCCUCGCGCAGCCGCUGCCGCUCACGGAGAGCGCGAAUCAGUUCCCGCGCGUGACGCCGCUGAGCAUGACCGCGUCGCCACUUGCGGAGGGGAACAGCUUCUUCUCGUCGUACCACCCGAAAACGCGGCGGCCGCCCGUGGACGGAGUCGCGUCGAGCAGCGGGCUGCCGGUGGGCGAGCGGAAGAGCCAGGUGUAUACGCACCAGGAGUUCAUGGAGACGUAUGCGGAUUUGAAGCGGACGAGGUUGAGGAGCGGGGAGAACCCGUUGGUAGAUACCUACAAAAAUGUCAAGUUUCUGUUUUGAGUGUUUGUGCUGCGUAUCCUACCUGCGUCCGAGGCACGCAGAGAGUGUGGUGUUGGCCGGACCUUAAACCAUACUUCUAUGUACUCGUCGACGAGACCUGCAUGCUGCCCCCGUCCACGUGGUGAGUCCUUCAGCUUGAAGCUAUGUAGCGCUGCGCUACAAGUUGCUAGCCGCACUGAUGGCUGCCGCCGGUUGUUGCAGCCCGGUGAUCAAGGUGAAUAAGAUGCGGCGCACAAUCCGCUUGAACACAACAGAUCAC